CAUAAAACACCAAACAUUAAGAAAUAAAAAUUAAUAGAAAAAUAAUUAAACAUAAAACUAUUUUGAAACCCCAGUAAAUAAUAUAGACACUAUAAAAACAACUAACCCUUUUAUAAUCAGUACAAUGGGAUUCCUUAAGGUUAUCAAGAACAGAGCUUACUUCAAGAAAUACCAAACUCAAUUCAGAAGAAGAAGAGAAGGAAAGACUGACUACUAUGCUAGAAGAAAGAUGAUCUUCCAAGAUAAAGAUAAAUUCAAGACUCCAAAAUACAGAGUUGUUGUUAGAAUUACUAACAAAACUGUCAUUGCCCAAAUUGCUUACUCAGAAAUUAUUGGUGAUAAGAUCCUUUGUGCUGCUUACUCACAUGAAUUACCAAGAUAUGGAGUUAAAUUAGGUUUAACUAAUUAUGCUGCUGCUUAUUGUACUGGUCUUCUUCUUGCUAGAAGACUUCUUCAAAAACUUGGUAUGGACAAACAAUUUGUUGGAGUUUCUGAUGCUGCUAAACUUGGUGAAGAUUACACUCCAGAAGAAGUUGAUGAAAGAAGACCAUUCAAAUGCAUUCUUGAUGUUGGACUUGCUAGAACUACCACUGGAUCUAAAGUCUUUGCUGUCCUUAAGGGAAUGUGUGAUGGAGGAGUAUAUGUCCCACACUCUGCUACCAGAUUUGCUGGUGCUGGUGAAAAUGAAGAAGCUCUUAGAAGCAGAAUCCUUGGUGGACACGUUGCUGCUUAUAUGAAAUAUCUUUCUGGUGAAGAUGCUGAUCUUUACAAGAAACAAUUUGGUAGAUUCAUUGCUGCUGGUAUUGCACCAGAAGCUCUUGAAAAUAUCUACAUUGAAGCUCAUAAGAAGAUUAGAGAGAAUCCAGCUGCUGAAAAGAAAGAAAAGAAGGAACACAAGAAAUAUCCAACUUCCAAGAAACUUACUCUUGAACAAAGAAAAGCUGCUAUUCAAGCCAAACUUGCUAAACUUGCCCAACAAGCUUAAGUAGACCCUUAUUGUGUUAUUUCUUUGAUUUUUAUUGGUUUAUUAUUUAUUUGAAUAUAAUAAUAUAAUAAAUAAAAUGAAAUAAUGAAAAAAUAUAUAUUAAAUUUCACUUUCUAUUGACUUUUUUGAAUGAUUUAUUAUUUAAUUUAAAUAAAUAAUUAAAUUUUUUUUAG